GUUGAAGUGUAAUGUGGGUGAUGUAGUUUUUAUGUCGAACUCUAGCAAAGCUAAGCAACGCACCACGUGUGCUCAUUGGACUACAAACAGAUGGCACUGCAAGCGAGGUAACCAACUACGCCCCCAGACUCGCGUUAGGAAGCGCGUUGCAUUGUGGAUGAUGAAGUUUUUUAAUCAGACUGUUUCAAAGCAAGUUAAUGCCCCCACGUCUUGUCGUUGGACUACAAACGUGGACGACGCAGGAAGUGACGUACAAAGAGUUCACAGUUCAAUUGGGUGUCCACGGGCACGCGUGCAUUUCUGCAAAACACCCAAAUGAAACAAUUUAAACAACUUUUAAGUCGUUUUUAAAUAUUAAAAAAAUGCUCCGAGAUAUUUCUUCCUCGAGCGAGGACGAGGCGGACAAGUUGCCAGCGGAGGCGUCGUUUAAGCGAAAAGAAUUGGAGAAGAGCAGCACGUAUAAAUGUCCUGAUGACUUUGUGUGCCUGAACCACAAACCUUGCACCAGUACGCUGAUGGAGAGGUUGAAGAGCACCAAGAGCGAAUUGUGGCUAGUUAAAGCGCCUCCCAGCUUUGAUCCACGAUGUUUGCGUGGUGUGGACGUGAACCUUUCCGGUUUUCAGACUCUGAAGCUCCCUUCAGCAGUGGACGGGGGAGACCACCACCAGCAGGUGUACAACAUCAUAUCGUCCAAUCACGCCACCUCCGACCUCCGCUUGCUCACCGCCGAUUCGUCAUCCCCGACGGUCGGACCCGCCUUCUCCGGCCUACUGAGCAUAUGCGAGAGUUACGGAGGCGACCGCAUGCAGCCCCACGUCAUCCACGCACCCCCCGCGCCAGCACUCCCGCCCGGACUCAAGCAGAGAUUCCAGCCAUUCGGAAGCAAGACGCCCAUCACGACAAGGGAAGCCCAGGAUGGAGACGGGAAGAGGAGGAAGAAGAAGAAGAAAAAAAAGGACAAGCAUAUCAAAACUGAGGAAGAGGAAUUGCCGAUCAAACAAGAAGUUGAGGAAACAGUCCAGGAACGGAGGACAAAGAAGAGGAAAAAGAAAGACUGGGAUGACGAAGAGAAGGACGUGUCCAUUGUGCAUGUGAAAAGUGAACAGGAAGAGGACAUUUUGCCUAAAGAUGACAGCUCAUCCAAAAAGAAAAAAAAGAAGAAAAACAAAACGGAUGAUGACUAAAUUUCAUCAUCUCAGAACUGAACUUGAGCUAUUUUUAAAAGCCAAGUGCCUGGACGUAUCUGUCCUAGCUGACCGAGGCAUGGUUUCACCCUGUACUGGUCGCCAGCCAAUCAACUAGUUUCACGUACGAGUUGUUCUGUGACCAUCCUUGUAAGUCAAAGAUAUUCUCCGUUAUAAAUAAAGGAAAUGCCGUUCAUCUGUUACAGCAAAAGUGCCUCACACCCUGGAUUGGUUGCAGACCUAUUGACCAAUCGCACGAGCGUACACUCAUUUUAACAUAAAGACAACUUGGUUGUCAAUUGAGCAAAUAUCUUUUUGGAAUGCGUUAGCAAAAAAACCUGAACACACAUGAUUAGAACACAUGAUAUCCAAUAUUUCACGGUCCUGCCCUUAUAUAGAGUGCUGGCCAAAAGUAUAUCAUCAUUUAUUUUGCUUGCAAUGAAAAGGCACAGAAGAAAAUGAAAAAAUCAUUAUCAUUUUACACAAAACUCCAAAAAUGGGCCUGACAAAAGUAUUGGCACCCUCAGCCCAAUACUUGGUAGCACAACCUUUAGACAAAAUAACUGCCAACAAUCGCCUCCGGUACCCAUCAAUGAAUUUCUUACAAUGCUCUGCUGGCAUUUUAGACCAUUCUUCAUUGGCCAACUGCUCCGGGUCUCUUGAGAUUUGACGGGUGCCUUCUCCAAAUUGCCAUUUUCAGAUGUCUUCACUUGUGUUCUAUGGGAUUCGGGUCUGGACUCAUUGCUGGCUACAUUAGAAGUCUCCAGUGCUUUCUCUCAAACCAUUUUGAAGUGUGUUUUGGGUUAUUGUCCUGCUGGAAGACCCAUGACCUCUGAGGGAGACCCAGCUUUCUCACACUGGGCCCUACAUUAAGCUGCAAAAUUUGUUGGUAGUCUUCAGACUUCAUAACGGUCUUCACAGGGUCAAGUAGUCCAUUGCCAGAGGCAGCUAAGCAACCCCAAAACAUCAGGGAACCUCCGCUAUGUUUGACUGUGGGCACCGUGUUUUUCUUUGAGGGCUUAGUUUUUUCCCUGUGAAUUCUAUGUUGAUGCCUUUCCCCAAAAACUUAUAUUUUUGUCUCAUCUGACCAGAGAACAUUCUUCCAAAAUGAUUUUGGCUUUCUCAUGUAAGUUUUGGCAAACUCCAGCCUGGCCUUUUUUUUAUGUUUCUGGGUCAGAAGUGGGGUCUUCCUGGCUAUCUUAGCAUAGUCCCUUUUCAUUCAGACGCCGACGGAUGGGACUGGUUGACACUGUUGUACCCUCGGACUGCAAGACAGCUUGAACUUGUUUGGAUGUCAGUCCAGGUUCUUUAUCCACCAUCCGCACAAUCUUUUGUUGAAAUCUCUUGUAAAAUUGUUCUUUUCCGUCCACAUCUAGGGAGGUUCGCCACAGUGCCAUGGACUUUACACUUGUUGAUGACACUGCGCACUGAAAACACAGGAACAUUCAGGUCUUUGGAGAUGGACUUAAUAGCCUUGAGAUUACCCAUGCUUCCUCACAAUUUUGCUUCUCAAGUUGUCAGACAGUUCUUUAGUCUUCUUUCUUUUCUCCAUGCCCAUUGUGGUACACACAAGGACAGGGGGCAGAGGUUGAGUCAACUUUAAUCCAUUUUAACUGGUUGCAAGUGUGAUGUAGUUAUUGCCACCACCUGUUAUGUGCCAUAGGUAUGUAACAAGUGCUGUUAAUUACACAAAUUCGAGAACCAUCACGUGAUUUUUCACAGGGUGCCAAUACUUUUGUCUGGCUCAUUUUUGGAGUUUUUGUAAAAUAGUAAUGAUUUAAUAUUUUCCCAUCCUUUUUUGUGUUCUUCAUUGCAAGCAAAAUAAAUGAAGAUAUUACUACCAAAGCAUUUGUAAUUGCAAUCAUUUUCUGGGAGAAAUUGAGCAUUAUCAGACAGAAUUGCAGGGGUGUCAAUACUUUUGGCCCGCAGUGUACUACGGCUGCAGCUAUCGAGUAUUUUAGUAAUUGAGUAUUCUACUGAAAAUUCCAUUGAUUAAUCAGAUGAAACUUUUUUUUUAAGGUAAAGAGUAAUUCUGAAUGUAUGCGAGAAAACAAGACAUUUCACCUAAUAUUGAACCAUUUGUAGACAAUGUUUUUAUUUUAGAUGUAUGCUGUUUUCAACAAUGUACAAUUUUAUCUCAGAUGUAACUAGAAAAAAAGACAAAUUCACUGCUGUAACUCUAAAAACUUGUUUUUUUUUUCUUAAAUCUUAUUAUCUAAAAAUGUCACUAUGCUUGGUAACAUGCAUCGCUUAAAAGGUGUUUUCCCCCCACGUGUUUACAUUGAAUUGACAUCAAGCUGUUUUUAAGUUCUAGUUAAGUUAGCUAAGUUAAGUUAGUUAAGUCCUGAUAGGAUUUUGAGUUUUGGCAGUGUUCAAAAUAAAUCUAUGAUACCUGCUGUAUCGGAACAUAUUAGGCACCAGUGCUACUUGGUGUUUUAUCCAUCAAUGACUACCGAGUUAAAUUUGACAGGUUUAUUGUGUUUUUAUUUACACCCUCAUCACUCUACAGCAGAGGUGGGUAGUGUAGCCAAAAAAUUUACUCGAGAGUAGCGUUACUUUAAAUUAUUACUCAAGUAUAAAAGAGGUCAUCCAAAAAAUGUACUCAAGUACAAGUUAAAGUAUUCGGUGAAAACAAUACUCAAGUAAUGAGUAACAUUUUGAGUAACUGCUUUUGUUUUGUUUUUUAAAACAAAAUGAUGGCAAUUACAAAUGCUUUGGCAGUAAUAUAUGAAAAAAUUUAAAAGAGAAUGGAGGGGGAAAAUAUAUUGAAUAAUUUUUUUCCCAUCGUUGAAUGUGCUGACAACAAAAUCACACAAAAAUUAUCGAUGAAAAUCAACAAAAGAUUGACUGGCCCUCACGUUCACCUGACCUAAACGCAAUAGAACACCUCUGGGACAUUAUGUUUACAGCGUAUCACAAAAGUGAGUACACCCCUCACAUUUCUACAGAUAUUUAAGUAUAUCUUUUCGUGGGACAACACUUACAAAAUGACACUUUGACAUAAUGAAAAGUAGUCUGUGUGCAGCUUACAUAAUGGAAUUAAUUUAUUUUCCCCUCAAAAUAUAGCCAUUAAUAUCUAAACCGCUGGCAUCAAGAGUACACCCCUUAGAAACUACGUAUAUCCUUAAUUGUCCAAAUUGAGUACUGCUUGUCAUUUUCCCUAAAAAAAUGUCAUGUGACUCGUUACAGUAGUGCUGUCAGUAUUUCUGCAGAGAUUGAAGAGGUCGGGGCUCAGCCUGUUAGUGCUCAGACCAUACACCGCACUCUACAUCAAAUUGGUGUUCAUGGCUGUCACCCCAGGAGGAAGCGUCUUCG